UGUUGCAAUCGAAACGUCGUAUUCUAUUAUUUAAUUUAUUUUCUUUCUACGUGACUUUUCCGAAAGAACCAAUGAGUAAUUCCUGCAGUCACGAAAGCUUCAAAUCAAGUUUGGAUACACCACAUUUAGUCGAUGAGCAGGUCACGGGGUGUGGUGAGGUAAAGUGUCUGGCCAUUGUGGAAGAGUAGGCCAAGAUAGCCUCUACUGGGGCUGUCUAGAGCUCCCUCUAGUGGAUACUAGGAGUAGCUUCACAUUUAUGUAUUAUAAUUGUAAUUGCAUUUCACUUAUAUAAAUAGUUAAAUUAUGACAUUACUUAGAUUUAUGUUACUAUUAUGCUAUUAUAGUGUCUGAAGAGGUCGCUCAGCAUUAGAGUGGCUCGCAUUCAGAAGGUUGCGAUUUCAAAUCCUAGUUGGGGGAUCACUCAGCCCAUCAUCCCUCUGGGGUCAAUAAAAUUAUUACUACAUUGUACGGAAGUCCACAGUGGUCGUCCUACGGAAGCCUCGCGCCUGCCAUAGGAAUGUGGAAUUUCCGCCACUGCCUCAAUGCUGUAAAUAGGAGAUGAGCACCGCCUCAAUGCUCAAUUGCGUAUAAAAUAACUUCCACUGCCAUUGUUGUUAUACCACACUGACAUUUGGUGCUACUGAUUCAAGGACAAUUAUUCAACGAUUACUCGAACCUGCUACAUACUCCACUCAUGAUGUAAACUCUGCCGACACUGCAACAUGUGGCAAUGUUCUGCUAUGCCAUAGUGGUCUGAUGUGCAUGUUGGAUGGGUAUCUUCACCAACCCACAGCGAACAAAUUAUCUGAAACCACGUAAGGCAUGUUUAGGAAGAGGAAAAAUAUAACACUAGAUUGAAAUGCCUCAUAAAAGAUUGGAAUUGUAAAAUUAUCAGAAAAAAAACAGGUUCAUGAUUUCUUAAAUUCUCAGAUGGUAGUCCUUAAGGAGAAACAUGGGACCAUAGCACCGACAGAGAUAACAAUCUUAAAAUUAGUGGAGGAAUGUUAUGCUGAUAACAACAGAAAAAAACAAUAUCCUUGGAAUAAAACCAUUUUAUGGAGAGGAAGAAGAACUUUACAGAUGUUACACUUGAAGAAGCAUUCACGACCCUUCACUGUAUGAGACAUUGGAAUUCUACUGGACUAGGCAUAACUAUGGGUAUCGCCAGAGAACCAUGACCAAUGGUUGGAACUUAAUUCGCAGAUAAUUCAUGACUAAAUAUUUACACGUAACUUAAAUACCUCAAUUGUGUAACGACCCCUCUCUUCUAUAUGAAAAAAGACAUAAUACUGACUUUGUAAUCAUUGUUUGUAAUUAUUGCACUCUAUAUUACCUGCUGUGACAUGGGUCUGAAACAUGGACAUUGUAAAAUAAAAUCAAACAAAGGCUGCAAAGUGCACAAAGAGUCGUCGAGAAGUGCAUGCUUUGAAUUACACACACAUAUAAGAGAACAUACACAAAGUAAAUACCCUAUGACUGACUAGAAAAAGCGGGGUUGGGAAGGACGUAUGGCGAGAAGGGAUGAAGGAUUGCGGUCCAGAUUAUGUGCAGGAGCUAGAUGGAUUUGACACAUCGCAGGACCAUGAGGGAUAGUGACAACUUGGGGAGAUCAUCAUCCGGCAGUUGAUAGAUCAUGCAUGAUGAUGGUUGCAGAAUAUUAUUAUUUCAAGGUUAUGUAAAAAUUAAAUGGCGAAUUAUUAUUUUUUCAAACUGCAUUCUGCAAAAAAAUCAUGUAAAAUGUGUAAACGUACUCGGACUAGUUUUGGGUGUUGUUCAACUAUGUUGGCAAUCCCAAAGCAGGGAUAAGAGUCCAUGGUCUUAUGACAGAGAUCACCGGCCUGUCUGCACAACAUCCACAAUUGACUUCUCACAAAGUGGUAUUUAUUUGAUUGCCCCAGCAAGGGUGAUGGCUUAAAUUGAUUUCGUUCUUCCACAGUUGUAUGCAGAUAAUUGCUCUUUGAUCUUGUCCAUUUUAUUUGAAAGUGUGUACGCAAUUGCCUCUUGAGCAGGGAAAUAUUUAAGACUAAAUUAAGCAAUACGUGCAAUCGCACACACACACACAGAAUAUGUAGGCCAGCUGUUGACUCGGUCUAAGUGGUUAUUUUGUCUGUGACUCUGCCGAGAGAGAACUUUCUACAGCAGCCAAUGGGGCAGGGAAGUGGAAAGGAGGCCGGAGCAAACAGUGGCUCAGCGACAUAUGAGGAGGGCCCUCCCCCCUCCCUCUCCCUCGCUGCACUCUGCCUGGAGACGUUUGGCUUUGCGUUCACACGUCCCCCCCCCCCCCCUUUAUCAUCGCUUUCUGCGAGGCUUUGCGGCCACACGGGGUUUUGCACGUCUGCGCACGGCCGAUAGACAAACGCCACAAGGCGCUCCCCCCGUUCCCUUCACGCCACCCUGGUGCUUCUACGUACUCGCGACGAGACACGACGCUUCAUUUUUCCCAUGGAUGAUGGCCGACAACCAAAUCAGCGCAAAGUCCUCACCAUCGCGGGUGUCAAAAGCGACGCUCACUCUGGAGCUCACGUCUGCGGCAAGGCCCCCCAUGGAGCCGCCUGCCUUUGCCGUCGCUCCACGAAACGCGCGAGCUCCGCUGGGCGCCACGGCGCGGUUUGAUGGCAAGGUGAGAGGGAACCCCGAGCCGCAGGUGCUGUGGUUCAAGAAUGGGCAGCCGCUGGCAGCGGGGGAACACUUCCGCGUGGAGCGAAGCUCCAGGGGCGCCUUCAGCCUGGAGGUUGUGGGUCUCGGGGAGGACGACUCCGGCAAGUACCUGUGCGAAGCGAGGAACGAGGCCGGGACGAGGCAGAUCACGGUGGAGCUCAAAGUGGAAGGUUGUGAUGCAGAAAAGAAAUCCCUCGUGGCCAGUGCCAAGUUAUCCAGAUUUCCAAUUCCACCGGUGGAGAGCAGGCCAAGUAUAUGGGGAGAAAGCCCUCCGAAGUUUGUCAACAAGCCCUCAAGGGCUGUAGUGCGAGAGGGACAGGGUGGAAAAUUCAACUGCAAAAUCACUGGACGACCACAGCCCCAAGUCACCUGGAGAAAGGGAGACACAGAGCUGCACAAUGAUGGGCAUUUCAAGGUUUACGAGAAGUCAAGUUUACACUUUCUGGAGGUCUUGGACGUGAAAGAGGAAGACUCGGGUGUGUACACGUGCACCAUCACAAACUCAGCUGGGAAAGCAAGUGCAUCGGCUGAACUGAUCAUUCAAAUUUCUAAUGAGCCUCCAUCUGUUUUGAAACCUCAUUUGAAUGUUCAAAAAUCAUCCACUGAGUUAACUCUUCAGGUGACAAAUAAGAAAGAAAGAAACACAGAAGAGGCAGAAUCCAAGAAACAAACGAUGAAAAUUGUCACCCAAGAGGUGGCAGAGAGGAGAGAGGCAGCACCAAUGGAAGCCAGCAAAAAGCCAUCUGCUGCGAUGGAAAUGAAGAUGACAAAUGAGCAACUGUUAAGGAGUGCAGACAGAAUUAAACCAGCGUCCAAUGUGUUGCAGAAAACUGAGUUACCUGCACAGCCAGCUGAGAGGAAAUCAGCCUUCCAGAAAAUACAGAUAAAGUCUCUGGCUGUGAAAGAGACAGAGACAAAAGCAUCAAUACCGGAUGUGGUGAGGAGGAAAGAGAGCGGUGGAAAUGAAGGUGUUGCUGCUGAUCUGCCACAGGUCAACCCGGCAGGGCUAUCAGGAGUAGAUGUGAAGUCAACAGUGUCAAAGGAAAUGGGUAGAGACGCAGUGGUGGCAGUAGCGACAGAGACAACGGAACCACCGCCUAAGGGGCUUGUUGAGAGAAACGAAGCAGUAUCUAAGAAGUUGCCAAAACUUACGAUGACACAGAAGGACGCUGAGAGAAAAGUGGCCGUGCAUAAAGAGGUUGAACAGAAGCCACUUGAGAGAAAGAGGGUGGAGUCCCAAUAUGUCGCCCCAAAAGAUGUGGCAAACAUAAACGCCCCGGCAGAGAUGAAGAUGACAGGAAUGGCGUUGAGGGAAGAGUCUAAGAAAGAAAACAGCAUGAGCCCGGUGUUCACUCAUCCUCCACAGUCGCGCGAGGUCACACAGGGUCAUGAAGUCGCAUUCAGCUGCAGAGUGUCAGGAAUCCCAAAGCCAGCUGUAGAGUGGUCAAAGGAUGGCGUCGUAAUAAAAACAAGCGAGAGGUGGUCGGUCGAGGAGAACCAAGGUGGCCAUCAGUUGAUCAUCUUCGAUGUGCAGAAAUACGAUGGAGGCGCCUUUGCCUGCGCAGCUAAAAACAGUGACGGGAAGGCAACAACGGCCACCUUCACACUCAUUGUCAAAGACGCAGACCAGGCGCCCGGUUUCUCCGCCCCGUUGGUGGCAUGUACUGUUGAAGAGCAACAGGAAUUCACUCUGGAGUGCCACUUGUUGGGGAAGCCAGAACCUUCGGUGACUUGGUUAAAAGAUGACAAGCCUGUCAACAGUGCAGUAAUGUCUUGCCGUGAUGGAUACUGCACUCUUUAUGUCGGAGCUGCUGGCCUGGACGACGGGGGAGUGUAUACGUGUAUAGCUGAGAACCACCUUGGAAAGGCCUAUUGUAGUGCCACAGUGACAGUCCGAGAGCCACGGAGGAGGACGAGCCGCAGGAACGAGGAAAAGCCGGCGGUCAAGCAGUCGCCUCCCGUGUUUGUGAAGGGACUUUGUGACCUGCAGGUGAUGGACGGCAGCGAGGUCCAUCUCACUGUCAAAGUUGCAGCAAUUCCUCCAGCAGAAAUAGUUUGGCUGCACAAUGGAAAUGAAAUCAAGGAGUCGGAGGACUUUGUGUUGGAAAGCAAGGAUGACGAACACACCCUGCACAUUCAGGAGGUCUUUCCAGAGGACACAGGCUGCUACACGUGUGAAGCCUGGAACGAGGCUGGGCAGGCUCAAAGCCAGGCCCUGCUCACCGUGCAGGAGCCCCAGGAUGGCGUGCAGCCCUGGUUCAUCAGCAAGCCCCGGCCGGCCGAGGCGGCGCCGGGGCAGAGCGCUCUGCUGUCGUGCGCCGUCGCCGGCGAUCCUUUCCCCUCCGUCUCCUGGCACAGGGACGGGCGACUGUUGUCGACGGGAGGCGACACCGUUCUGCAGCGGCAUGGCGACGUCUUCUCCGUGGUCAUGCACAACGUGUCCCCCGAGCACACGGGACUCUACGAAGUCAGGAUCCAAAACACUGUUGGCUCGUCAAACUGCACAGUAUCUCUGGUGGUAAAGGAGGGUGGAGGCCGUGGCUCCGUACACCAAAGGUGGGGAAGAGACUCGGAGAGCCUUUGCUCCAGCACAAACGUUAGGCAGAGCUGCAGCCCGAGUGGAGAAAACCCUGAACAGCAGUGGGAAUGCAAGGGAUCCGAGCCCGAUCAGACAGACUUCCGAGGUGUUCUGCGCCGUAAGGUCCAAACAAAAGAGCGCUUGGAGGAGGUACAGAAACAGCAGGAGGCGGAGCAGAAAGACUUCCGUAGCGUCCUCAGUGGUGCGGCCAAGAAAUCGUGCUCUACCAAGCACUCAUCCGAAGAAGAGAGUCAACAAAGAGAGGCUGAGCAGCUGGACUUCCGUGGAAACCUUUCGCGACGAGUAAAGACAAAAUCCCUGUGUGAAGAAGAGAUAAAGGAACGCGAGGCUGAACAAGUGGAUUUCCGAGCAACAUUGGCCUGCAAGAAAGCCCCAUCACGUAAGCCACCACCUCCGGCGCCAAAACCCAAACAACCAAGUUUUCGCCGGAUACACCUACAGGAUUGCGGUGAUCCACCCGAGCAAGAGCCAGAGCAGUGUUCGUCGGAGACGUCUCACCCUGGUUGCUUCUCUGGCUGUGGGAGCAGCAGCCUCUGCUCCGAAUCGGAUCCACAGCACUGCCCCACGGAGUGCGACACGCAGGACGGCCCCCGCUGCCAGAGUCGCCCGGCCUCGGCUCGCUGCUUGACGGAGUCUGCAGGCGGCGGAGGAGGAGGGAUGGCAUCUUCUAAGGGCUGUACGAAGGGUUCCAACGGGUGCUGCGAGACCGUGUCCCCCGGUGGGAUCUCCCGGGGGGGUGGCGGCGGCAGUGGCGGCAGUGGCGGCGACGAGCAGGCGCUGCCCGUGUUCACGGAGCCGCUGCGUGUCACGCGGGUGCUGGACGGCGAGCGCCUCCAGCUGCAGUGCCGCGUGUCGGGGCGGCCUCCCCUCACCGACACGUGGAGCGUCGAUGGAAAAGUCCUGAAACCCUCCAAGUACAUCAUGAUCACUCAGAAAGAUCCAGCAUCUUUAGUCAAGCCAAAAAUAUCAAAACUAAAAACCAACGAACCCAAAAGUCAAGUCAGUGCAGUCGAAAAUGAUGGACCAGUCAUUCCAAAAAAGAAACCCACUCCAAAGAUUUCUGCUAAACCAGAUGCAACGCACUCUACAGCGUGUGCACCCCAGAUCACACGCUUCCCUGAGGAUAUGAAGGUUCGAGCUGGCGAAAUGGUGGAUUUAAUGUGCUCCUUUGAAGGCACGCCGCCCAUCAAGGCUUCUUGGCUGAGGUUCAAAAAGGAGAUUGCUGCGGGUGGGCGGCUUAAGAUUGAGACGAAAGAUGCAAGCAGCAGCAGGCUCACCAUUUCCUCGUCGCAGCACAACGACUGCGGGUGCUACACGCUGGUGCUGGAGAACAAGCACGGGAGCACCCAGGCGCUCGUCGGUGUCACUAUCGUCGAUAAACCGGAGCCUCCCGCGGGCCAACCGUGCGCCUCGGACAUCAGGGAGAGCUCACUGACGCUCUCGUGGUAUGGCCCCACGUACGACGGGGGCAGUCUCGUGCAGUCCUACACGGUGGAGGUGCAGGGCGAAGGGGAGAGCCGGUGGAAGGAGUUGACCUCCACGUGCCACAGCACCUCAUACAACGUGCAGGGCCUCGACCCGCAGAAGCAAUACAAGUUCCGCGUGCGCGCCGCCAACAUCUACGGCAUCAGCGAGCCCAGCCAGGAGUCACCGCUCGUCUCACCGGGCAUCGUCAAUGCAGUUAAAGCAGAAGAGGAGUUUUCAGAUGAUGAUGAAAAGGAAAAUGAAACUCGUGAUUACGGACACGUUUCUAUCAAUCCAAACAAGAAAUUAAACGAUCUCUAUGAUGUCAAAGAACGCCUCGGGACGGGACGGUUUGGACAAGUUUUCAAACUGGUGGAAAAGAAAAGUGGGAAAACCUUUGCAGGAAAGUUUAUAAAGGCCCUCACAGCAAAGGACAAGGAAAGUAUUCAUCAAGAAAUUGCUCUUAUGAACUCGUUGCAUCAUCCCAAGCUGGUCCAGUGUGUUGAUGCAUUCGAGUCAAAAACAGAUAUUAUAAUGGUCUUGGAACUAAUUUCUGGAGGGGAGCUUUUUGAGCGCAUCAUCGACGAGGACUUUGAGCUGACAGAGCGAGAGUGCAUCAAGUACAUGCGGCAGAUCGUGGAGGGGGUGCAGUUCAUGCAUCGGCAGGGCAUCGUGCAUCUGGACCUCAAGCCAGAAAACAUCAUGUGCCUCAACCAGACUGGCAAUCGCAUUAAAAUCAUCGACUUCGGGCUGGCUCGCAAACUGGAAAAUGUCAAGAAUCUGAAGGUCAUGUUUGGAACACCAGAAUUUGUGGCACCUGAGGUCAUAAACUACGAGCCCAUCGGAUAUGCUACUGACAUGUGGAGCGUGGGUGUCAUCUGUUACAUACUCGUAAGUGGUUUGUCCCCAUUGAUGGGUGACAAUGACAACGAAACCCUGGCAAACGUCACAUCGGCCACGUGGGAUUUUGACGACGAGGCCUUCGAUGAAAUAUCUGAAGAUUCCAAAGACUUCAUCAGUCACCUUCUACAGAAAAACAUGAAGGAGCGUCUGACUUGCACACAAUGUGUGGAGCAUCCCUGGCUGCAGAUGGACACAGAGCACAUGGCAGCCAAGAAGCUCUCAAAGGAGAGGAUGAAGCGCUAUCUCACCAAAAGGAAGUGGCAGAAAACUGGUAAUGCUGUACGUGCACUUGGGAGACUUUCAUCUAUGGCGAUGCUGGGGAUUGGUGGUAAACGAACUUCUGGUGUGUCUCCUCCCAGCCCAAAAUCUCCACCUGCCAUUAACGAUGUAUCUGUGACACCAGAUUCACCAACAGUGAAUCCACUCAGCCGCGUUGCGGAAGAAAAAUCGAAAACGAAACCAUACUUCAGCAAGAAAAUGAAAGAUGCCAAAAUGGUGCCAGGCUCGUCAGCUAGGUUUGAGUGCAAGAUUGAAGGUUACCCAGACCCCGAGGUGAUCUGGUUCCGGAACGGGCAGCCUAUCAAGGAGUCGCGUCAGCUCCAGAUCGAGUACGACGAGGAAGGCAACUGUUCCCUCAUCAUAACGGAUGGUUCGGAGCUGAACGGCUCCACCUUCAUUUGCAAAGCCAUCAAUGGCCUUGGUGAGGCCACGUGCUCUGCGCGUCUUCUGGCCAAUAAAUAACAAAAUGGGCGGAGCAACGAGCAAUAGAAAUAGUAACACUGAAAUAAUGGUUGAAAAACUACAAUUUGAGUUAUUUUAUCCUCUCACCACGAACACGCUGAGAAAAAAAUUGUUAAUAUAUUUACAGGUAGUUUAAAUAUAUUUCUGUUAAGGUAUGCAAGGCCAUUAUUUAAAGCUUCAUGAAGAAUGUACACAAAUUAUAUGUUGGUAAUGUUUUGAGUUAAUUGCGUAAUUGCUUUUUUUUUAAAUAGUAAUCAAGCGAUAUUUCCCGGUGUAAUGCGUUUGUAUCUAAUGUUUAGACCACUAAAAGAUGGAGAUUUGCAGGUGUUUUUUCAUCCGUAUUGGCUUGUGGUUUCUACAACAUGAAAAAGUAUAAAGCAGAUUAAUUAUAUUGCUAAAAUAUUGACUUUAUUUUGCAACAUGUUUAUGAGAACAACUAAAUUAGACUGUAGAUAAUGUUCCAAAAUGGAGUUUGUCGUUUUAAUGUUAUUUUUACAUUUACAUUGUUUGCAUCUUCAUAAAGAAGUGUCUGAAAAAAUUCAAAUACGAUGUGGAGAUAAUUGGGUAUAUUAUUUUAAGAAUAUUGUGUACACAAUGCUACUAAAAGCCAUCCACAUUUAAUUGUGGUCCAAAAUUCAAACGAAAAAAAAACUUUUGUAUCUUCUAUAUUUGGCUCCUAAACAUGGUUACAAAAAUCAUCUAUAUUUGUACAAUAUCUCUUCAGUAUUCUUUUCUGUAAUGCACACAUAAAUGAACUAAUGCGGAAAUAAAAUAAUUCUCGUUCUAUAAAUUGUAUCAUUGAGCAUCAACUUGUAAAACAUGUAUGCAUUCCUCUGUUUAAUAAAUGCACCGUGUACUUAUAAUAUUUGUUGUUUUACUCAGAAGAUGGAUUCCGAUAUGUGAUGAAGGGGGUAUGAGUUUAGGACAAUUAUUAAAGACUAGAGGACCCCUUGAUUAUAUAUGCAUGUACUGCUAUGUUUCCAUCGAGAGCUGAAGUGCAAAGAGAAAUCUGUCAUGCGUAAUUCUGCUGAAAGUGAUACUAGGACGGCUGAAAGAGAUUUGCUAAGCGAGUGUGUUGGUGAAGAGCAAAUGCGAUUUUGCGGUUUUGGUAAACGUGUUUUGCUGUUGGGAAAUCAUUUUCAUCGCAGAUUCCCUAGUGGGCUGUGAGGCUGGCCCACUUGGCGAAGUCGCUCGGGCUGAUGCUGUGUGACGUGUUACGUGCGUCCGUGAGCGAAAUAUUCCCACAACUCGAUAGCACCGUCAUAGAAACAUUUUCAUUUGCAUACAUUUGCAUAAAUUAUUUUCUUUUUUACUUCAUUAUAAUAGUAGUGAUAGUUCUAGGACUUACAUUCUUGAUGGAAAUGUUUGCUUGAUGCUACAGAACAUUUCUAUGGUAAGAAAUAAUGGAAUUUUUGCAAAAAGUCAAAUUUAGCACGCUGUUUUAGGUAAGGACAGGGUUGUUUAAAUAUGCCCUCAAGCUACAGUAUGUACUUUUUUUAAACAGUUGUGCCUUGCAAUAGUUUGAUUUGAAAAACAUAAAUCCACAAAUGUGUUUAGUUAACAUCAUGUUACAAAUAAAACUACUUUUAGCAUCAUUGUAACUGGGACUUUACAGUGUAUCUUUUUGCAUGAAAAGGGUACUUCAAAAAUCUUAUUUCCUGCGUGAUAUUAUAAUUUAUGGUGUACAUCUGUUUAAUUUUCAUGUAAAACCAGAACAAAAACACAUUCAACGAUUUUUUUUAAGUGAAACUUAUCAAAAAUGUCCAGUUACCAGUAAUUGGCGGUAAUGUGUAUUGAUGUUUGUCAUCGAAAAUAGCCAUUUAUUAGAAGCACAAAGCUUCAGUUUAAUUGAUACAUAUUAACAGCUUAUACCAAAUGGUUACAUAUUUUAUACUAACAGAUAUUGUCAAUAAAUGCAAGUUUUACUCACAAUAUCCUGCAAUAAAGUACACUAUUUGACUCGCACCUGUUGUUGCAUGUGAUGCUUGAUGUGUUUACAGUUUCUGAUGAGUAGUCAAAAUUAAUAUAUGCAAUAUUCCAUCAGAUAAUUUGUUUUCGCUACUUUAUAAUGGAUUAGCACUUAACAAUAAAACAUGCGAAUGAAUGUCUUGUGAUGCUGGCUUUGUUGUUGUGAAUGCACUUUGGGUUUAUUGAAUAAAAUUGGCCAGCUAUAGAUAAUAUAGUGUAUUAUCUAAAUGUGUUCAUUUGUGAUUGACCAAAUUUAUGAAUUUUGCCAUCACUUAUCUGUUUAAAUCAAAUGCCCAAUGGCAGGCCGUUGGUACAAACUUUCUCCAUUCUCUCUGAACCUGAUCUUUCUUUAUCAUUUCACCGUAAUACCCCCCUUCUUUUAAUUUAAGCAAAAAUCAUAUUUUUCCAUCUCUUGGCCUCUUUCACAAUACCCUUCCAGAAAUUUAUUUAUCAAGCUUCCAUCGUUACGAUUGCCCAAUGUAUAUAUUUAGGGAAAAAAUUGCAUUCUUAUUUAACUUCUCUCCUCCUUAACCUCCCCAAGAACACCUUCAAUUACUCUUUUUGUCCAGUUGAUUUCUCCACUCUCAAGUUUGAAUGUUCUAUACAGUCUUAAUUUCAGCAGUCCUGCCAGUUGGACAUCAGUUUUGUCAGGUGAGCAAACUUCCCAUGGUUGCACUAUGCCAAGCAUUGCGUACACACAAAUCAAUGCAACUGAACCUUCUUCCACGGCAUAGUAAUGCACUGAGAGAGAAAGCUAUUUGGUUGUCAUGCAUUUUUGACCAAUCACAGGGACAUUUCUCUGGGUACCCCUUAUAUAGCACUGUAAAUUAUUCAGCUGGGGUUCAUCGUAAUAAUUAGUGAAAUUUGAAAAUGUCCAGCCGCAGCAUAAUAUUAAUUGCCACGUUCUAGUUGCUGUCAGAUUAGGAUCGUGAUUUAUUGCUCCGUAUUUAAUGUUUAUUUGUCCUCAUCCAUCAUCUGAUCCCAUCUUGUUAUACCACAUGUGAAGAUGAGAA